ACAGUGAUCCUGUCUACUCUGAUCUAUCGUUUGUCUCCUGUCCAUCCCUUAUGCAAGUUCCCGGGACCGCUAUGGCGCCGUAUCUCAAUGAUCGGGCCGGCAUACUCCGCGACGAACGGGCGAAUUCCUCAAGAUGUUCGGAGCCUUCAUGACCAGUAUGGGGAUAUCGUUCGUACAGGCCCGAACGAGCUGCAUAUCCGUGAUCCCACUGUUCUGGCAGCUCUUUGGAGUGUGCCGCGAGGCCCGGGAUUCAUUGGAACAUCCCUAUCUAGGACGAGACAGCCUAUGGUCGGUAUUCAGAAUCCAGAUGAACACCAGCGCAGACGGCGCCCGUGGACGCGCGGGAUGGGUCCAGUCGCGCUCAAGGAAUAUGAACAUAUCAUCGCCAAACGAGGCCAGCAACUGAUGGAACGAUUCGAAGAAAAUAAAGAAGAGGUCUCGCUAGACCAAUGGUUCCACUACUUUGUCUUCGACUUCAUGUCAGACAUGGCAUUUGGUGGAGGCACGGAACUUCUUCGGAAUGGCGAACGUAGUAACCCUUGGUCCAUGCUAGGGAAGAGCUUGCAAAUUGUUGUAGUCUUUUCUCGUCUUCCUUGGCUGGGGGUAUACGUAGGGUACAUCCCCGGUGCAGGUCGUGCACUACGAGCGUUGCAGUCCCGUUCGAGCGAAUUCACUGCUCAACGUGUCAAGCGUGGAUCAACAACCCGCGACCUAUUCUAUUACUUGAACAACGAGGAUCUUCCCAACGUACAGCCGCCGCCGCCCAAUCAUCUCAUUGACGACGGAGUCUUGGCUAUCGUGGGCGGUACAGACACCACUGCAAUCACCCUGACAAAUCUAUUCUACUUCCUUCUCACUCAUCCGGAUGUUUACACCGCGCUGCAAGGAGAGGUGGACAAGUUUUAUCCUCCCGAAGAAGAUGGAUUCAAUCCGAAGUAUCAUCGCGAUAUGACGUAUUUGCAAGCCGUGAUCAAUGAGACCCUUCGCGUCUUUCCCCCGAAUCCCAUGGGCGGCCAACGUCAAGUACUCCCAAAUGGGCCCCCUGUCAUUGUGAAUAACCUCCACAUCCCCCCCGGUACAGUCAUAUGGUUAUCACCCUACACCUACCACCGCGACCCGCGCAGCUUUACCUUACCCGACACCUUCUGGCCGGAACGAUGGCUCAUUGCGUCCGGCCACACAAAACUAGAAGAUGCUCGGCUUCCCACAGGAAGCACGGGCUCGCAUAUCCCGGUGGAGUUCGUACACAAUGACACUGCGUUCUGCCCGUUUGGGGGAGGACCCAUUGGCUGUGUCGGAAAAGGUCUCGCUCUACUGGAGAUCCGUACUGUUACGUGUGCUCUUUUGCAGAAGUUCGACGUUCGGACGCGGCAUGGAUGGGAUUCCCAGGAGUAUUUGAAGAACAUGAAGACGUUUGUCACUUCCGGACGGCGACCUCUGCCAGUAACUCUGACAUUGAGAUGA